UAGUACAAUUUAUUUUCUUAACCCAGAAGGCAAACGCAAACCUGAACCCCCCCUACACGCCCAAAAUCAUCUGAAUCCAAACCAAAAUCUCCUCGCAGAUACAUCUUCUCCUCGCCUCUGGAAUCGUCUCGCCCCGUCUCGUGGCCGCCCCAAUCUCGAAUCCUCGAGCAAGGCUAGGGUUUCCACCUCCCCGCACAUCUAUGGGCUCUAAGAAAGCGUCGCCUCCGCCUUCCGGUGCCGCCUCCGCCUCCCGCGCCGCCGGCUUGAACGAGGCAUCCAGCGAUGUCGGUGCCUCGACCGGGAAUGGAACGGCGCCGGUGGGGGCGGUGCCUAAGCCGCCAGAUGUGCCGCCGUUUCUGACCAAGGUGUACGACAUGGUCUCCGACCCGGCGACCGACAAGGUGAUCUCGUGGACCCAGGCCGGCAGCAGCUUCGUGAUAUCGGACUCGCACGCCUUCGAGCGCGACUUGCUCCGUCGGCACUUCAAGCACAGCAACUUUAGCAGCUUCAUACGCCAGCUCAACACCUAUGGAUUUCGUAAAGUUGAUCCUGAUAGAUGGGAGUGGGCCAAUGAGGGCUUUCUUAGGGGCCAAAAGCAUCUUCUGAAAACCAUCAAGAGAAAGAAGAGAUCCCCUCAGGAAGCGGGUAGUGAGUUGGAGCAGGCACCUGUCAAGACUCCGCCUGGUACUGAAAACAUUGAAAUUGGAAAGUACGGUGGCCUUGUAAAGGAAGUUGAAACCCUCAAGAGGGAUAAAGCUCUUCUCAUGCAGCAGCUUGUAGAUCUCAGGCACUACCAGCAAAGCUCGAAUCUUGAGGUGCAGAAUUUGGUUCAACGCCUUCAAGUAAUGGAACAGAACCAGCAGCAGAUGAUGGCACUUUUAGCAAUCGUUGUCCAGAACCCUAGUUUUCUCAAUCAGCUUGUGCAACAGCAGCAGCGCAGGAGCAACUGGUGGAAUGCUGAUGGAAACAAGAAAAGGAGGUUCCCUGCUCUAGAGCAAGGCCCAGUAACUGAGCAGGAGACUUCUGGUGGAGGGACAGAAAUCAUUCAGUAUCUUCCUCCUGUCCCUGAAACUUCUGGCCAAGGAAUACCGGAUGAAGCAUUUUGUUCAGCCACCGCACAAACAACCUCAAGUCCUCCACUUGACAUGCCCAUGGACAUUGACACCAAAACUACCUCAGACAACCUCGAUAAUGUCGGUUCUUUUGGGGAUUUUUUGACUGACACCCCUGCUGAUUGGGACAUAGAGCUGUUCUUUGAUGAUGAUGGUGAACCUUUAAUUGCACCACUUGAGAACAAUGGUCAAGUGGACCCUCCUUUGAGUGUUCAAGAUUAUGAUUUUCCACAAUCAGAGCAGGAUUGCCAAAUGGAAGCACAACAUAACUACAGAAAUCCUCAAUAUGGUAUUCACUAAUUGUUGUACGCCUUAUGUCUCUUUUUUUUUUCUGACAAAAAGGCAUAUUGUCACUCUAUAUAGCGUCGACUUUGUGUGUGCAUGUUUGACGUCAAAUGCCAUACUGUGCACUUCAUAUGCAUAAGUAUGGAUCAUUGGAUUGAUUGGCUAAGAUUGGACAAAACGAUAUCGUACUAUUUCCUUCCUUUAAUAUAUCAGUGAAGUUAGACGACAA